AUGCGUCUCGCAUAUCUCAGUGCAACCAUUUGGCUCGUCUCAGUCUGCUUGGCUGGCCCGAUUACUCCCGGGUCUCUGAAAGUUGUCCAGCAUGGAGAAAAUGAACUCGAACAACCAGCAGUGGCACUCAAAGAACGGUUUAUAGAAACAGUUGAUGAACUCGAACAACCAACACCGACGCUCGAAAAUCGGUUUAUAGAAGCGGUUGGUGAGCCUGAAGAAGAAGAGGAACCGGCUUUCCUGGAAAAAAGAGAACCCAUAAUACCGACGUUCUUCACUGUUCCCACGGAGCUUCCUCCCCUCCAAACCCUACCUUGUUCACUGCCACCGCUGCCUACAUCGCUGUCUGUAGCAGAUCCACUGUUAUUCCCAUUGACGGUCACGUUUGAUAAUGGCAUCACGACCCUCACCGAGACCUUUACGACUCUUCCCUGGCCUACGUGGUUCCACGGAUGGAAGAGGGGCCCUAUGCCUACAGCAGGCAUCGAUAAACGUGCCGCCGUAUUGCCGAGUUGUACAAUCAGCGUCGACCUCAUGAGCACGGUCAUUGUGACUACGCUCGCACCUACAGCAUCCGCUAACCCGCCUCCUUCGACGGUGGAAGAAUCGACCACCGCUGUUCCUCCCGCCAAGGUACCAGCUUCUUCUUCAUCGUCGUCUUGUCCUCUCGCUACCACGAUCACGGAACACGAUACGAUAACCUCCGUCGCGACUGUUACUGUCACGUCGUAUGAAUAUUUUUCCAUGAGUGCUUCUUUAUUUACGGACACGAUCUCGCCUAAAGUUCCGGUAUCCACGGGUGCUUGA